AUGCGUUCGUUCGCUGUUGCUGCCCUACUUGGGUUUGCGGCUGCUCAGAGUAGUGCGUCGAAUGCCACUUUGAGUACUACGCGUCUUUCUUCUGCGUCUUCCACGCCCCUCACGACCAGUUCGGUUACUUUGUCAGGUCCCAAAUCCGUCAUCACUGUCGCCACCGAUGGCUCAGGAGACUACACCGCUAUCAACGCAGCCGUAAAGGCAGCCCAGGAUAGCAGCAUCGCCACAGUCUCGGUUCUGCCUGGUACCUACUCCGAGUCCGUCACUGUCCAGGGACAAGCCACCGUAACGAUCGUCGGACCUACUCCCACAAAUGUCGAUGAUUGGUCUGAGAACAAGGUCACGAUCGCUGCUACCGACACUCCUUUCAAAGUCGGCACCGACAAGGCUAAGGGUGUCACUGUACGUAACAUCAACAUCGUCAACUCUGCCGCGGUAUCUGCAGGAGCCAAUGCAGUUGUUCUCUCCCUCAGGGGAAGCAACAUUGCAUUCUAUGGAUGCUCAAUUAUCUCACCGGGUGGCACCGCAAUUUCAGCUAGCUACGGAACAGCCUUUUUCGCCAAUUCAUACAUUGAGGGCUCGAAUUAUCUCUUCUACAACUACCCAACCAUCUAUCUCUACAAAUCUACAAUCGUUCCCCUCAGUUCGGGUGCCCUUAUUGUAUACAGCAAGGGUGGACAGCCUACUGGUGGCAACUUUGCCAACUCCACGGUUGUCUUCGAUUCAAGCUCGAUCCAGCAGAAGUCAGGAUACGCCAACAACAAUGUAUGGCUAGCGGCACCCAACGCUGCUGGUGCUGUGGCAAUCUACAGAAACACUGCUUUGGGAAGCCUGAUUGCUCCUGCUGGUAUUCACAGCACAGCAGCUACCAUCUCAUCUUUCUAUGGAGAGUUUGCUACGACCGGUGCCGGAUCUUACAGCAAGAAUGCCGCUGCUCGUGCCAACUACGACGUUCUUCUCUCGGCCGAUCAGGUCUCUCAGUUCACUGUCGACAAGGUCUUUGGCAAUGCGUUCUACCCCUACGCUAGCUCUUCGCUGACAUGGAUUGAUCAAGAUGUUGUAGCAUCCUUGAAAGCAUCGAACGAUGCUCAGCUUGCCUCCGCUUCGUCUGCUGCAUCGACGGCUUCGUCUACAGUCUCUUCAUCAGCUUCGUCGGCAGUUUCGUCGACGGCUUCGUUGUCCAUCUCUGCCAGCUCCAGCCUCCUUUCGAACGCUACUACUACCGCUUCAAUGACGUCUAGCGCAACCCCAGCAGCAUCGACUUGCUCCAUCACGGCAGCGUCCCCGACUCUCGUAGUCUCCAAGAUGCCAGGCCCAUGCGAGUUCGCGAAUGUCACAUCUGCCAUCAGUGCUCUACCAAACGACGGCAACCCGUAUACCAUUAAGGUUGGCGCGGGUACAUACGUUGAGCAACUCUCGAUCACCCGCAAGGGAAAAGUCACCCUCCGGGGCUUCACCGACUUCACGAACGACUACACACAGAACAAGGUCCGCAUCGAGUUUUCCCGUGGUGAACUUACCAGUGCUGGAAAGAACGAGCAGACACCCGUCGUCUUCUCCAAGCCCAGCGGCGAUUCUGGAAUGGCUCUGUACAAUAUUGACUUUGUCAACACGUACCCGCAGACUACCAACACCGCCGCACUAGCUGCAGACUUCUACGGUGCUAACAUUGCUGCGUAUGGCUGCUCGUUCGUCGGUUUCCAGGACACGCUACUUGCCAACAAGGGUACUCAAGUAUUCAGCAACUGCUACAUUGAGGGCAGUGUCGAUUUCAUCUGGGGUUUCUCUACCGCAUACUUCCACCAGUGCAUGAUUGUCAGUAACACACCUGGUGCUUACGUCGCUGCACACUCUAGGGCUACUGCGGACGCCCCUGGCGGCUACGUAUUUGAUUCGUCUGUCAUCACCUACAGUGCUACCUAUGGCAACAACUUCGGGCUGUCCUACCUCGGCAGACCCUACAGCCAGUUCUCCGUCGCUGUCUACAUGAACUCAUACAUUGACAAGCACAUUUCAGAUGCUGGCUGGGCUGUAUGGCAAACAAACAACCCUCAAACUUCUGGAGUUACGUUUGGCGAAUACAACAACACAGGUCCUGGCAGCUGGAUGGAGACGACUCAGCGUGCGAGCUUUGCGACUAAGUUGACGGCGGCUCAAGCGGCAAAGUACGAGCUCGCUGCAUGGAUCGGCGGCACAGCAUGGCUGGACAUGGAUGCGUACAAUGCGGUCCCUUCGUACAGCCUUACAGGUCCUACAGCUACCUCGCCAUCGCCUUCUCCAUCGCCCUCGGCCAACGGUACCGUACCUGGACCAACAACUACUGCCACUGUCAAUGCUCACCCUGACAGUGGCACGGUACCACCCAUGGGUGCUGUGAUUGUGUCCAAAGACGGCAGCAACAACGCUGCAUACACAAACAUCACUGCCGCACUUGCUUCGCUUCCCCAAGAUAAGACCAACCAGACCAUCUUCAUAUACCCAGGCACCUAUAACGAGCAAAUUCCGUCGGUCAACCGUCCUGGUGCCGUGAGGAUCAUUGGAUACACCACUGGCAAUCCUGGUCAAGCCUACAAAGACAAUCAGGUCACCAUCUCCUUUGCUCGUGGUCUCUCUGUAUCCCCGCUGCCUGUUGGUCACUCAAAUGCGGAGACUGCUGUAUUUGCCACAGCGUCAAGCCGUAUCAGCAUGUACAACGUCAACAUGAUCAACACGGAUAACCUCGAUGGCUCCGAGCCUUCCUAUGUCACUCUCGCAGGCUCGAUCUACGGUAACGACAUCGCCUUUUACGCUUGUUCGUUUGAUGGCUGGCAGGACACCCUUCUCAACGGCGCUACUGCUGGUUAUCAAUACUACGAGUCAUGCUACAUCGGCGGUGCUAUCGACUUCAUCUGGGGCUACUCGAAGGCGUACUUCAAGGGAUGCACUAUUGGAGCCAAGCGCAAAUCUUCGGCGAUCACAGCACAUAGCAGGAAGUCGAGCACCGAAAUAGGUGGCUACAUCUUUGACCAAUGCUUAUUCACUGCAGCUCCGAACGCAGUCGAUGACCUCACGAACAAGGUCUACCUUGGCCGCCCUUACUCCGCGUACGCGCUUGUUGUUGUCAAGAACUCCUACAUCGAUGCUACCAUUAUUCCUGCCGCAUGGAAGAUCUGGUCUGCAACCGACCCACGUACCGAUCACAUCACCUUCGCCGAGUUCAACAACUCAGGUCCUUCAAACUGGGAGCAAAACGUCGCAGCUCGUGAGUCUUUUGGCUACGCCACGCUGCUCACUUCGGAUACCUACUCCUUGUCAUCCGUGAUGGAUUCAACCGAAUGGAUUGACAUGACCUAUUUCAACUCGAUUGUCACCCCGCAGCCUUCCGUGCCCGUGAUCAUUCCUCCGGGACCCAUCAGUGUCAACGGCACCUCGGUUUUCAAUGGCACGACUCCACCCGCUGAUGCGCUUAUCGUUUCCAAGACGCCUAUUGAUGGUGUUGUUACCUACGACACUAUUCAGGGUGCUCUCAACGCGGCGCCAACCACGAGCAAGACUAAUGCUACGAUCUUCAUAUACCCUGGUGUUUAUGAGGAGCAGCUGAUCAUCGCAAAGUCUGGUCACACCAUCUUCCGCGGAUACUCCGAUGCGACCGAUGACUACUCCAAGAACCAGGUUACGAUUCAGUUUAGCCGCGGUAUCUCUACACAAGGUACUGGCGGUAGCAACACUGACGGAGCGACCGUCUACGCCAAGGGCAACUACUUCCAUGGUUUCAACAUCAACUUCCGUAACAACAACGGCACGCAACAGGACAUCGCCUCGCUGGGCUUUGCUGUCCAAAGCAGCAAGUUUGCCGCGCUUUAUGGAUGCCAGAUCUAUGGUAACCAAGACACUCUCAGCGUCUCAGGCAACCUCUUCACCUUCAAGACGUACAUUGAGGGUAAUGUCGACUUCAUUUAUGGUUCUGGAUCCGCCUACUUCCUGGACUCAACCAUCGCCUCCAACGAGGACGGUAUCAGCAUCACGGCCCACAAGCGUACCACCAACACGACUGCUGCUGGUUUUGUGUUCGAUCAAUCGAAGAUUGUACCGGCUCCCGGGUCUGGAUCUUUCAGCAGCGUCAGCCUUGGUCGCCCGUGGAACAGCUUUUCGCGCGUUGCUUACGUCGCCUGCUACUUUGACGCCAUGAUCAGCCCUGCUGGAUGGUCGCAGUGGAGCAAGAGCAGCCCUCAGACAGACGGUGUGACGUACGGUGAGUACCAUAACAGUGGUCCAGGUUCUGGCAUUUGCAAGCGUGCUCCGUUCUCGCAGCAGCUUUCAGAUACCGAUGUCGCUCAGUUCCAGCUUGCUUCUUUCUUCGCUUCGACUUCGUUCAUUGACUUCCGAUACGUCGAUACCCAGCCUUUCACAGUCGGAAUAGGCUCGCCACAAGUUUGCAGCACUGCUUCUUCGUCUCUCGUCUCGUCUUCCACCGUGUCCUCCAGUGCCUCGCUGUCUACUAUCAGCCUUACUUCUUCGAGCAGCCUACCGGUUGUCACCGCUUACACCACGACUACAGUGAUCGCCAAACUCACUGCAAGCGCGGUUGUUACCGCCUCUGAGGUAACUUCGACUACUGUCGUAAAGAGCACAGAAACCCUUUCAAUCAGUGCUAUCGAUAUGCUUAAGACCAGCACAUUGAAGGUGACUGCCACCACUUCUAUCGUGUCUCCUGACGUUACCUCUACUUCCACAUCAGUAGUGACCGAGAAUGUUGGCCUCACAGUCACCCCGGAGCCUGUCACGAAGACCAGCCUCGUCAAGGGUACAGUGACCGAAGCUGGAGUAACGACCAAGGGAGCCACAACUUCAACAGUCAAGGGUACCACGACUGUCACUGUCCUGUACACAUCCUCGCCCAAGCCGACGUCAGUCACUAUCAGCGAAGGAUCCACGGUCUUUAUCACAAGCUCCAAGACCCAGAAGGCGGCUUCCACGACCAUCAAAACUACCGUCUCUAUCGUGCCGAGCACUACCAAGACAACUACUGUGCGGCCCAAGAGCUCAGUUACUGUUAGCAGCACCUCCAUCAAGACAACUACCAAGAAGUCGACUACCACUCUGUCUUGCAUUCCUACUGGCAGCGCUCAAAACUUGGUCCGCCGAGGUGCCGUUAUCCCUCGCGCCGUAGCUAGUACCACUACGCUCACCAUUAGCACUACUGUGAGCAGCUACGUAGCUACGGCUACUGCAACUCAAGCAGGCUCAACCGCCUUGGUCACCGUAUCUUCCAUCGCCACUAAGACGACCUCUCUGAAGGCCAGCACCAGCACAAUCACGGUUACAUCCGUGGUGAAGACAUCGACGAUUGCGCAAGCAGGUUCAACCUACUACACAACCGUCCUGUCAACCGAAAAGGUCGGCAAGACCACAACCCUUAAGGCUUCCACCAACACCCUCUACUCCACUGAGCUCGUCACGAAGACCGUUCUUUCUACUGUAACCGCGCCAGCAGUCACCGUCAGCUCCCUUAAGACUGCUUCGAAGACCUCGACCAUCCUCGCGGCGCAAGAAACAGUAUACGUUACCAAGUCGAGUGAUGUGACUUCCAGGACCACAACCACACUUCCAGUUUCCACGAGCACGAAGUUCGAGACGGUCACAUUGGGUGGAGGUGUGAAGACGGAAACUCUAACUGGGGCGCCCAAGACGAAGACGGUUGUUGUGAAGAGCACCGCGACAGUUCUUAGUUGGGCAACGAAGACGGCGAAGGGUGCAGCGGCUUGCACGGCUUCGUAG